GGUUGACUGUCAUGGCAGCGCCCUAUGGAAUGCACCCAUGAAUGCACUAGCAAACGAUAAGUGAAGCCCUUUCAUUAAAAGACCUAACCUAGCUAUAUUUCGCGGAGCAGAGGGCAGUCAUGAAUUUUAAAGAGGUGUUGAAGUGGAACACACGACUGUCUGCGGUGUACGCUGUCGGCAUCUGGACCAUGGUCGGUUCCUACGCCUUCUUCAGAUACACAGGGCGCUAUAAGGACACGCCGGUGAAAGAAGAGGUGCCAGAGCCGGAAGAUCCAAACAAGGUCGUCUACCUGUCUGAUCACUCCAAAACUGUCAUCGUCUACAAGAAAGACUUUGUCCCGUACAGCACAAGGAUCUACAAUUUCAUCAAAUCCUUCAGCAGUCAACCUGGGAGUGGAGACGGUGACAAAUAGCUGCAUCAGUGCAAAGGAUGGUGGACACUGAACUUGCUAAGUGCAAGUUUUUACAACGCACUAUGAAUGAAUGCUUCUGUGUGAAGGACAUUGUCUUUAUUUGUAAAAUAAAUUCCAGUACACUUUUGAGG